GCACAGAUGGAGGCCGGAGCAGGACGCCACGAGGCAAGCAGAGAAGUGUGUGCUCAUCUUCCCCUUCGAGCCGCACCGCCGCCUAUAACGACCUCUUCACGUGCCCUAUCUUUCUCCCCUUCCAUUCAUCUCCUAAACCACCACAUGGAUGACAAGAAGAAGUCGCCGCCCGCGCCCGCAGCCGCAGCCGCCGCAACCGCGCCGGCGCCGGCGAACGGAUACUUCAGCUCCGUUUUCUCCGCGUCGCCUGCGGCAAAUCCAAGAGACGCGAGGGAGACUGACCUGAACACGAUACUGAACAGGCAGAAUCCUAAAGGGCCGACCAGUGGGGGCAUUGCAGAUGGCAAAUUCCAAGGCAGCCCCACUAAAGGUCGUGUCACAUACAAAGAUGGACAACAGUUUUAUCCAAAUGAGCCCUCCGAGUCACCUUAUUUUGGCUCGUCUGUGCAUUACGGUGGCCGGGACUUCUAUGACAGCUCUCCACACAAGCAAGCCAGUGAAUCAUCAAGAAGUUAUAAGGACGACAAUCCGGAUGGCUCUCUGGCUACCAGAGGUGAUUGGUGGCAAGGUUCACUUUACUACUAAAUAAUUUCCUGAGGACCCUCCUAUUGUGAACAAGGAAUAAAAAGGAGCAGGUCGAGCUGGUUUGCUGUAGAAUUGGCAUGAUAUCAGUCAUUAAAAAAAAUUAUAGUGGAACUACGUCUGUUCUGUCGGUGGAGGCAGCAGUAUUUAGAUGCAUCAUCUCACCUGGACAGAUGUAUGUAGCCUUUAUGUGUUUGUUUUCAUAGUGCUGAAAAAAAAAUGUAACGGGACUGUUGGGGCAGCAGGCAAGUCGGUCCUAUGAAAAGUUGCUUCUAUUUCGCAACUAGCGUGAUCACUUGCUGAUGUAUCCCCCCCUGAUCGUGUUGUGUUUUGGAAACAAAAUUGGUUAUGCACAUCUGUUUCAGCAUA